GGAGCCGCACGUCGCCGCUAGCAGGUGCACACAGCGUAGAGGAAAUCAUAAAUACGAGGCGGAAGAUGGCGUAGCAUAUGGUGUUCUCCCCCCCGUUUCUAUCCACGGAAGGCAGCUCCGGAACAAACCGCAACCUUGAGCUUUUCGCUGGAACAAUGUCGCGAGUGACUAUCAGCUGACCUGCUUUCUCCAGAGUGACUGCAAUCUCUGCACACUGAAGCCAUUCACUCCAUCAACAAAAUGUCAGGCACCUACACACCAGCCCCUGGUGGGCCUUUCUCUGCUCUCACCCCAAGCAUGUGGCCGCAGGACAUUCUGGCCAAGUACCAUCAAAAGGACUCCUCAGAGCAGCCUGAGCUCCAGUACGAUGAGUUCGGCUUCAGAAUCGACACCGAGGAUGGGGAAGAGCCCAAGUCCUGUCUGGGCAUCGAGGGGUCCCCCCAGCGUGAAGACCCCCAGCAGCGACUGCGCUGGCAAGCCCACCUGGAGUUCACCCACAACCACACGGUGGGAGACCUGACCUGGGAGCUCAUCGAUCCCGUCCUUCCACGCUCAGAGCGCCUGCGCUCCCUGGUUCUAGGUGGAAUACCUCACAGCAUGAGGCCACAGCUCUGGAUGCGUCUGUCUGGAGCGCUGCAAAAGAAGAGGACCUCUGAGAUCUCCUACAGAGAAAUCAUCAAGAACAGCUCUAAUGAUGACACCUCUACAGCUAAACAGAUAGAGAAGGACCUGUUACGGACGAUGCCAACCAACGCGUGUUUCAGUAAUCUGGCCAGUGUUGGAGUGCCACGACUGAGACGGGUCCUGAGAGGCCUGGCCUGGCUCUACCCAGACAUCGGCUACUGUCAGGGCACUGGCAUGGUGGUGUCCUGUCUGCUGCUCUUCCUCGAGGAGGAGGACGCGCUGUGGAUGAUGUGCGCCCUCAUCGAAGACCUGCUUCCUCCGUCCUACUUCUCCUCCACUCUGCUGGGCGUCCAAACGGACCAGAGGGUUCUCCGUCAGCUCAUCGUUCAGUACCUGCCGGCCCUCGACCGCCUCCUGCAGGAGCACGACAUAGAGUUGUCGCUGAUCACGCUGCACUGGUUCCUCACGUCGUUUGCCAGCGUGGUGGACAUCCGUCUGCUCCUCAGGAUCUGGGAUCUGCUCUUCUAUCAAGGCUCACUGGUGCUCUUCCAGGUCACACUGGGCAUGCUCAAGAUUAAGGAGGAGGAGCUCGUGUCGUCGGAGAACUCCGCAUCCAUUUUCAACACUCUGUCAGACUUGCCGAGCCAGCUGAAAGACGGGCCGGCGGUUCUCGGGGAGGCGAUGAGGCUAGCAGGGACGCUUUCCCAGGAAACUCUGGAGGCUCACCGACACAAACAUCUCGCCUAUAUACUGAAUGAACAGGCGCAGCUCAACAAUGGGAACAACACAACGCUCAACACUAACCUCAACAAGGUGGUGAGGAGACAGUCUCUGCGCAGGAAAUCCACCCUGAGCUCCUUGCUGUUUGGGGAGGACGAGGCAGAAGCGCUGAAGUCAAAGAACAUUAAGCAGACAGAGUUGGUGGCUGCCCUGAGAGAAGCCAUAGCUCGCACUGCAGAGCACUUCCACUGCCUGGACCCGCGUCACUCCAGCACCGACCUGACUCCAGACUACUCCAUGGAGAGCCACCAGCGAGAUCACGAGAACUUUCUCGUGGUGUCUCGAAACCGGCGAAGACGGGCGAAGGCGUUGCUGGACUUUGAGCGCCACGACGACGAUGAAUUGGGCUUCAGGAAGAACGACAUCAUCACCAUCAUCUCACAAAAAGAUGAGCACUGCUGGGUCGGUGAGCUCAACGGCCUCAGAGGUUGGUUUCCAGCAAAGUUCGUGGAGAUUCUAGACGAAAGAAGCAAAGAGUACUCACUAGCAGGUGAUGACUCCGUGACAGAGGCGGUGACGGAUCUGGCCAGAGGCACUUUGUGUCCAGCUCUGAAAGCCAUCUUUCAGCACGGUCUCAAGAAGCCGUCUAUACUGGGAGGGCCCUGUCACCCGUGGCUAUUCAUCGAGGAGGCAGCCAGUAGGGAGGUCGAGAGGGACUUCAACUCGGUCUACUCGAGACUGGUGCUGUGUAAAACCUACAGGUUGGAUGAAGAUGGGAAAGUUCUAACACCAGAGGAGCUGCUAUACAGAGCGGUGCAGUCGGUCAACAUGAGCCACGACUCGGCACACGCUCAGAUGGACGUCAAAUUCAGAUCGCUCGUCUGCGUCGGCCUCAAUGAACAGGUGCUGCACCUGUGGUUGGAGGUGUUGUGCUCCAGCAUGGCUGCCGUGGAGAAAUGGUAUCACCCGUGGUCGUUCCUCCGUAGUCCUGGAUGGGUGCAGAUCAAGUGUGAGCUCAGGGUCCUAUCAAAGUUUGCCUUCAGUCUCUCCCAAGAUUGCGAGCUACCCGACAAGAAAGAGGAGAAGGAGCAGAAGCCGCUCAAAGAAGGAGUGCAGGACAUGCUGGUGAAACAUCACCUCUUCAGCUGGGACAUAGACGGCUAGAAUCCUCCCCAGUGUUCCUGUAGAUUUGAUGUUUCCUCACCUUUUUGUUACGUCGGCUAAAGGACUGUCAUCUUUGGAGAAUGGUAACACCCAAAAGUAAUGACUGAAACCCAUCAUGAAGUGCAACUGGCUUGUGUGUGCUGAAGCAUGUGUACAUUGUAGUGCAUACUUUAUUUUUUUUGUGCAUACUAGUGUCGGAGUUUCACUACAAGGUUCAAUAAACGACAUGUGAAGCACUCCUGUAGUACAGAAUAGUCUGUACCUGUACAAGUUGUGUCCAAACUGUAAGUAUUCCUUCUUGGGUAUUCAGAGUCCCGGGAGACGUUUCUGUAAAGUCCCCAAAUUUAAAGACCAAAAAAAUAGAACAUUCCUGCACAUGAAGCUGUAAAGUUCCACACUAUUUUUGAGAGGAAUGGUGCUUACCUCAACAUCCUGAACUCCAUAAUCUUAUUUCAUGAAACACUCACGUUGCACAUGCCGAGUAAAGCCUUUUUCAGGUUGCGAUGGAGUAAGUGUGCUACCCCGACACAGUGGUAGCCAACAGCCUGCACUUGUAAGAUAUGAUGUACAUGAAGCAGAUGAUUUGUGUUACAUAAAUACAUGUUACAAAAUAUAUAUAUAUAUAUAUAAUCUA